CUUCUUCUCCUCCUUCCCCCCUCCCUCUCUUCCUUACUGGUGUCCGCUCCUCCUCUUCCUCUGCCCCUCAUGAGUCGCUUCGUGCGUCCUUCCAAGUACCGUCACGUCUAUGGCUCCCCAGCCAAAAAUGAGGUGUGCUACCAGAACGUAAAGGUGACCAACAAUGCUUGGGACACCAACCUCAUCGCAGCCAACAAGUCCUAUGUAGCUCUCAAUUGGCAGGCUGGCGGUGGAGGAGCAUUCGCCGUCAUCCCCACUGCCAAGACGGGUAAGCUUCCAGACGUAUAUCCUCUAUGCAGAGGUCACACUGCUGCUGUUCUCGACACCGCCUUCAGCCCCUUUGACGAUAGCCUCGUCGUGUCGGGAGCCGAUGAUGGGUAUCUGGGGGUGUGGAAGAUCGACCCUAGCUCAUUUGAUGUUCUGGAUAUGAGCGCAAAGGAGCUGGAAAGGAGUGGAGGCGUCAAGGACUUGACGCCGGCUGCCAAGAUUGCUGCUAGCAGCAGAAAGAUCGGUCAGGUCCUCUUUCAUCCCACCGCGUCCAACGUCGUCGCGGCCGCCGGAGGAGACCACACCAUCAAGCUGUGGGAUAUCCAGUCCCAACAGGAUCGCUCCACCUUGACCGGCUUCAGCGACGCAAUCCAAGCCAUAGACUUUGAUUGGACCGGAAACACCCUCAUAGCCACCUGCCGUGAUCGAAAGCUACGGACAUUCGAUGCUCGUAAGGGAGGUGCGGCUGUACAGACGACGGACGGUCACCCGGGUAUCAAGGGAUCAAGAGUGAUUUGGUGUGGAUCCACUGACCGCGUCAUCACCACCGGAUUCAGCAAGACGAGCGACCGCCAGAUGUUCUUGUGGGACUCCAAGAACCUCACCAAGCCGCUCAAGACGGUCAGCGUAGACACAUCGAGUGGUGUCAUUAUGCCCUUCUGGUCAGACAACUCAAUCAUUUUCCUUGCCGGAAAGGGAGACGGCAAUGUGAGAUACUACGAACUGGAGAAUGACGAACUGCAUUACCUCUCGGAGUACAAGUCUACCGACCCUCAGCGUGGGCUCACGUUCCUGCCGCGACGGGAUCUCAAUGCCGACGAGAAUGAGAUUGCUCGAGCCUACAAAGUGACAAACAACAUGGUCCAGCCGAUCUCCUUCAUCUGCCCAAGGAGAGCGGACUCGUUCCAAACAGACAUCUUCCCACCAGCCCCCUCGGCUGUUCCGGCAAUGAACAGCGAUGAAUUUUUCGGGGGCAAGUCAGCGCUGCCGAACCUGCUGAAUCUGCAAGAUGGUAAGGGCGUAAGCGCCGAGCAGGGUCUGGCGCCGACCUCUUCGAGCGUAAGCUCCGCUCCCGCUCCUGCCCCUGCGCAAGCACCCACUCCUCCAAAGGUCGCAGAGCCAACACAGGCUCCCGCACCCACUCGCUCCGAGCCCCUGCCCGAGCCGACACGGCGGACCGCUGCUGCUGCCCCUGCUCCUGCGCCAACUCCAGCUGCUUCUGUUCCUGCGCCAUCACCUGCUCCGGCUGCUACUGCCACCAAAGCAGAGCCUGCACAGACGUCUACCACUCUACCCGCCCCUUCCAGGCGGGAGAACGGUUCUUCGGCUUCCUACUCAGCAUCGCCAGCGGCCUCCAAGACCUACACACCCUCAUCCUCUUCUCCUUCCACUUCGACUGCCGGACGUGGCGUGACCUCGGGUAUGGGUGAUCUUGCAUCCGACCUUCAGCGCCUUCUGGUGGACUCGGCAGCAAGGGACGCUCGGCUGCGGGAGCUGGAGAUCGAGAACGAGAAGCUGAAGACCAAUGCUGAUCGGGCUCGGGAAGCAGGAGAUGACUCUUCUUCGUUCUCUGCUGACCGCUUCUUCGAGACGCAGACACCACCAAGUAAUCUGGAGGAAUUUGGAGAAAAGGCUAGAGAGUUUGUGAACAGGCAUGGGGCUGCAGGAAGGAAGGUCGUCCUCGUCACGAGCGGAGGAACGACGGUACCUCUGGAGCAGAAUGUGUGAGUGGUCUCCGUACGAUUCCUAGACAACUUCUCAGCUGGCACUCGCGGAGCCACUUCAGCAGAGUACUUUCUCUCGCAAGGCUACGCAGUCAUAUUCAUGCACCGGCAACACUCCCUCUCUCCCUACACACGGCAUUACUCGCACACAACCAAUCCCUUUCUGGACCUACUGGAAGACCCAAGCAUAUCUCUCGACUCAGAGCAGACGUCCCAGACCGCAUCCUCGUCCUCAUCCUCCAUCCGUGUAAACGAAGCAGCCGUCGAAGGGCUACGUCCUGUCCUGCAGUCCUACCUCUCUCACGCUCGCUCU